AUGAAAAGAGGUAGUGAAACCCCAUCUUCAUCAAACAAACAGCAAAAGAAAGUUUCUGAGAAAAACUGGAGAGCUCGUAUUAAUGAUCUUUGCUCCGAUCUCACUUCUAUUAUUCCUCCUGAGCAUUUUCAACCCUCUAAGGACAUGCUAUCUCAAGCUGAUAAGAUAGAGCAAGCAACAAACUACAUAGUGGAGUUGAGGGAGAGAGUAGAUAACUUAAACAAGAGAAAAGGGCAAUUGGAGAUGACAGGUAACCAAGAAGCUGGGACAACUACUUACCAGCAAAACACAACUCUAAAUGAUGCAACAAUGGCGGAUUUGGUGUUACCUAUCAUCGAUAUAAAGGACAUUGGCAGUAUUUUAGAGGUGCAACUGGUGAUGGCAUUAGAGGAUAACAUCAUGCUACAUGAAGUCAUUAGGGUUCUUGAAGAAGAAGGUGCUGAAGUUGUGAAUGCUACCUUCUCAACUUCUGGGAACAAGGUCAUUCACACUCUGCAUGCUAAGGCUCGAAAUGCAAGAAUCGGAAUAGAGACUUCAAGAGUACAGGAGAGGCUACAUGAGUUGAUAUGA